UGGCUUAGAUUUGGAUUUGGCUUCGCUGUUCGAAAAUCGAACUUCACAACGCAACACAAAAACAAGAUAGAGAGAGAGAAGAGAGGCAAACCCUCCUCUUUUUCUUAUUUUCACACUGCUUCACUUUCUUCUUCUUCCUUAGCUCUUAGCCUAGUCCAAACUCUAUGAAAGUGCACGCUCGUCGCUGAAACGACGUCGUUUUGCGCAACAUGGCUCAGAAGCUUCACCUUCUGCUCGAGGAGCUGGGAUCCAAGCUCGAAUCUCUUCCCUCCUCCCACGACGCUCUCAUCGAGCUCUUGCAGCAAGCUGCAUCAUGCCUUACUGACUUGGAUCAAUCACCAUCAGCUUCGACAUUGGAGUCAAUGAAGCCCUUUUUUAAUGCAAUUGUUAAGCCAGAACUGCUAAAGCACGAGGAUAGUGACGUCAAGCUUCUAGUUGCAAUAUGUGUUUGUGAGAUUACUCGAAUCACCGCUCCUGAAGCUCCUUACAGUGAUGAUGUUCUAAAGGACAUAUUUCAGUUGAUUGUGGGCACUUUUAGUGGUCUGAGUGAUACAAGUGGCCCAUCCUUUGAUCGGAGAGUUGCUAUACUGGAGACUCUUGCAAAAUAUAGAUCCUGUGUUGUAAUGCUGGAUCUUGAAUGUGAUGAUCUGGUGAAUGAAAUGUUCCGUACUUUCUUUUCAGUUGCCAGAGAUGAUCAUCCAGAGAGUGUUCUGUCAUCCAUGCAAACCAUAAUGGCUGUUCUUUUAGAAGAAAGUGAGGAUGUACAUCCGGAUCUUUUGUCUAUUGUACUGUCUACACUAGGCCGUGACAGAAGAGAUGUUUCUGGGGCUGCAAGGAAGCUUUCCUUGAGUAUUGUACAACAAUGCAUGGAGAAACUUGAACCGAGUAUCAAACAAUUUUUACUAUCAUUAAUAUCAGGAGACAGCCAGGAAAUGAACAGUCAAGUUCAAUACGAUGAAGUUAUCUACGAUCUCUAUUGCUGUGCUCCUCAGAUCCUAUAUGAAGUUUUUCCUUAUGUUACAAGAGAGCUAAUGACUGACAAGCUCGAAAGUCGUUUGAAAGCAGUGAACUUGGUUGGGGAUAUAAUUUCUCUUCCUGGAUCCUCCAUUUCUGAAGCACUUCAGACAACAUUUUCAGAGUUUUUAAAGAGAUUGACCGAUAGAGAUUUUGGGGUUCGCAUGUCUGUCCUUGAGCAUGCAAAGAGUUGUCUGCUGUCAAAUCCUUUAAGGGCUGAAGCUCCUCAAAUUAUCUCUUCCCUUUCUGAUGGACUGCUGGAUUCUGAUGAGAAAUUUCGAAAGCAAGUUGUGGAUGUUAUCUGUGAUGUAGCAUGUCAUACCCUAAAUGCAGUCUCUCAUGAAACUGUGAAACUUGUCGCUGAGCGGCUUUGUGAUAAAUCUCUACUUGUUAAAAAGUAUACUAUGGGGAGAUUGGCUGAGAUAUAUAGAGCUUUUUGUGAGAAUAGUUCCAACACAGUUAAUCCCAGUGAAUAUGACUGGAUUCCAGGGAAGAUCAUUAGAUGUUUCUAUGACAAAGAUUUCAGAUCGGAUAUAAUUGAAUCAAUUCUUUGUGAAUCCUUGUUUCCGUCAGAUUUUUCAAUCAAUGAUAUAGUUAAACAUUGGGUUGGGAUUUUCUCUAGAUUUGAUAAAGUGGAAGCCAAGGCUCUUGAAAAGAUACUUGAACAAAAACAAAGAUUACAGGAAGAAAUGCGAAAAUAUUUAGCUCUGAGGCAGACUAAUCAGGGGAAAGACAUUCCUGAGGUCCAAAAAAAGAUUGUGUUCUGUUUCCGUGUAAUGUCUCGUUCAUUUGCUGACCCAACAAAGGCAGAAGAGAGUUUUCAGAUUCUUGAUCAAUUACAAGAUCCUAAUCUCUGGAAAAUUUUGACAGAUCUUGUUGAUCCAAAUACUAGCUUCCAACAAACUCGUGAAUACAGGGAUGAAUUCCUUAAAAUACUCGGUGAAAAUCAUCAGCUCUAUGAAUUUCUGAAUACCCUUUAUAUAAAGUGUUCCUAUUUACUUUUCAACAAGGAGCAUGUGAAAGCUGUUCUUUCAGAAAUCAUCACAAAUAAAUCCUCAGAGAAUGAUCAUCAUAUACAAUAUUGUAUGAACAUAUUAGUGAUAAUUGCUCGAUUCUGUCCAUAUCUUUUUAGUGGCACUGAGGUGGAGCUGGUGAAUUUACUUAAGGAUAAUAGUGAUAUGAUUAAAGAGGGUGUUCUGAAUGUUUUGGCAAAGGCUGGUGGUACUAUUCGUGAACAGCUCGCAGUUACAUCAAGUUCUGUAGACCUUAUUUUGGAGAGAUUAUGUUUAGAAGGAAGUCAAAUACAAGCCAAGUAUGCUGUUCACGCUCUGGCUGCAAUUACAAAGGACGAUGGCCUCAAGUCUCUUUCUGUUCUGUACAAGAGACUUGUAGAUAUGCUGGAAGAGAAAACACAUCUACCUGCAGUAUUACAGUCUCUGGGGUGUAUAGCACAGACUGCAAUGCCUGUAUUUGAAACUAGAGAAAGUGAAAUUGAAGCAUUUAUAAUCAACAAGAUUCUGAAAAGUGAUAGUAAAGAAGAUCACUCAAGAAUAUCUUGGGACGAUAGGAGUGAUCUUUGUGUUUUGAAGAUAUAUGGCAUAAAAACCCUAGUGAAAAGCUACUUGCCAGCCAAAGAUGCUCAUGUUCGUCCUGGUAUAGAUGGUCUUCUGGGUAUCCUGAGAAACAUACUGUCUUAUGGCGAAAUAUCAAAGGAACUACAGUCAAGCUCAGUUGAUAAGGCCCAUUUGCGACUUGCUUCUGCAAAGGCAGUUCUUCGUUUAUCAAGGCUCUGGGAUCACAAGAUACCUGUUGAUAUUUUCCACUUAACUCUAAGAAUAACAGAGAUUGGUUUCCCUCAAGCUAAGAAGGUUUUCUUAAGCAAAGUUCAUCAAUAUAUAAAGGACAACCUUUUAGAUACCAAAUAUGCAUGUGCCUUUAUAUUCAACAUAUUUGGAUCCAAGGAUUCCAAGCCAGAGGAGUUUGCAGUGGACAAGCAGAACCUGAAUGACAUUAUUCACAUGCAUCACCAAACCAGGGCUUGGCAGCUUUCUGGACAAUCGGAUGCAAAUUCCUUGACCGCUUACCCUGAAUACAUCCUUACAUACCUAGUUCAUGCCCUUGCUAACCUAUCCUGCCCCAAUAUUGAUGACUGUAAGACUGUUGAAGCAUACCAUAAUCUAUACAGACAGCUACACUUGAUACUAUCAAUGCUAGUGCAAAGAGAUGAUGACGUCAAGUCAGAAGUAGCUAUUAACAAUGAGAAGGAAAUUAUAUCUACCAUUACUUCUAUCUUUUGGAGUAUUAAGCAAUCCGAAGAUGUGGUUGAUGCAUCAAAAUCAAAGAACUCACAUGCCAUAUGUGACCUUGGGUUAGCAAUUACUAAUCGUCUAGUAGCAAAGGAUGUUGAUUUACAAGCGUUGUCUCAUUCAGUUUCUCUACCUCCAAUGCUAUACAAAGCAUGUGAGAAGGAAAGUGGCCCCAUGGUGAGCAAAGAGAAAUCCUGGUUGGCUGAUGAAAGUGUCUUGGCUCACUUUGAAUCACUUGAAUUAGAAAUGGUUUCAUCUCAAUUAGCUGAGGAUGACACUUCAAAGGACCGUGAAAAAGAUAGAAAAGAAAUGUCCCUUGGAAAAAUAAUAAAGGACAUAAAAUCUCGGGGAACCAAGGGCAAAAGAGUUAAAAAGAAAAAGGCUGUGCUAGCUGAAAAGAAAAAGGCUGUGCCAGCUGAAAAGAAAAAGGCUGUGCCAGCUGAAACAAAAAAGGCUGAAAACGAUAUCGAUAUCCUAAAUGUGGUCAGACAAAUUAACAUAGAUAACUUGGGAUUAUCCACUAAUUUUGAAUCUACUAACGGUCAUGAAAAUUCAUUGAGUAAGAAGUUGCAGAAGGAUCCAGAGCGGGCAACAAUUAAAAAGCGAAAAGGAGAAGACUUAACCCUGGUUCCAGUGCCUAAACGUAAACGGUCUUCCUUUGCCCAUGGAAAAUCAAGGUCGAGUAGUACCCCAUCAAAGGCUCCUCCGAGAGGUUCAGGGGAAGACUCUUCUAGAGUGAAGUUGCUAUCGGGUGCAGAAUUUACCCCCGAUACAGAUAGCAAAACAAUUCAGAGAAAAAAGGUUAAAGGCACUGAGCCCUCAGUACAAGCAAAAGCCAAGGUUUCCAAGAGCUAUCAUGAUGACAAAUCUAAAGAGCAUGACAUGAAGAGUCCUGAUAAUACAAAGCCAACUGACAAGUCUAAAGGUGACAAAUUCAAGUCAUCCACAGGAUCUGCUAAAAAACUGAAAAGAAAAAGUAUUGGAGGAUUGGCUAAGUGUAUAACAAAGGAAGGUGAAAGUGAUGCUGAAGAUCUAAUUGGCUGCAGAAUUAAAGUUUGGUGGCCUUUGGAUAAGAAAUUUUAUGAAGGCAAUGUUAAGUCUUACGAUUCUUCAAAGAGGAAACAUGUGAUAUUAUAUGAUGAUGGGGAUGUAGAAGUGCUCUGUUUGGAAAAGGAGCGAUGGGAGCUUGUUGACAAGGGUGGCAAACCUAAUAAGAAGCUAAAACUCUCAAAAACUGUGUCUUCCCGUGAAGUGUCUACUGGGAAGAAGCAGAGAAGUUCUAGUACUUCAGAAAGUAAAAAGACAAAACAAAUAGUUAAUGGUAAAUCUCCUAGCAAGCAAGUAAAACAUGGACAAAAAGGUGCCUCAAAAAUCGAUUUCCAUCGUGAGGAUGCCAAAGAGAGUUCUGACUUAACAAACCCUGAAGAUACUGUUAUAUCUAAAGCUGAGAUUAACUCAGGUGGUUCUGAAGCGGAACAGGUCGAAGGAUCUGGUGUAAUAAUAACUAAAAGGAAGAAAAUUAGCAAGAAACCAAAAUCAGUUUUACGUGGAAAGAAACCCAAGAAAGAGAAGACCUCAAGUUAUAAGAAAGAAUCAGAUCAAGAGAAGCAGGAAUAUGUUGGGAGGCUUUCUAAAGAGGGUGUCCCACAAGGAGAUCAAAAUAAUGGUGCAGAAAGUUUGAAAGAGAUAGAUGUCAAUGAGUCAAGAGGAGCUUUGAGAGAAAAUGAUAUUGGAGAAGAAUCCGGUUCUGAAGGGAACCAAAAUGACAGCAAUGGGAAAAGUAGUCCCAGAGAAGUGGAAAAAUCACCUAUAAAGUCAGCGAGUCCUGAUAGUGCCAAAAUCGCUGAAGUUUCUGAUGACGAGCCGCUGAGCAAAUGGAGGCGUCCUUCGGGAAAGAAAAGCUCAGGGCAAAAACGGUGAGCAGUUUGUCAGUUGUAGCACAAAUCUCUGAACAUUUCAGUGGCAGUAGUGCUGUGGCAGCAUUUAGUGUGUUUCAGUGCAAGUAUAGGUAUCAGUGUGGAUGAUGACUGCCAUUUUAUUGACACACUAAUAGAUAUUCUAUGCGUUUCUUGCAUCCACCUGUAGAUGUAAUUUAACAGUUGUCAUCCCCACGUUUAGAAAAAAGAAAAAAAAAGUGGUGUUUUAGGGCUUGUUAGGGUUAUGUUAUGCUAAAUGACCUUUUAUUAUUAGUGUAGGUGAUAGGUUUAGCAUAUGAUUCAUGAGGAUGUUUCCAUCCCUCCAACACAAUUGAUUUUUCAUUGAGUGGGCCAACAUGUACAGCUAUACGUGGGGAUAAUUGUAUUUGUAACUCUAGUUUCUUCAUACUUAUGUAGUCUUAGCAUCCGUCACAGAGAUUAUCUAA